AUGCGAAAAUUGAGCGCUGAAAUGAAGGCUCCGAAUGUUGGCAGUGGUAAAAAGUCCCUUCGUUUUUUGAAAGUUUAUACUCAUUUUUGUCAGAUUUUGGAUCGCAUGGAAUAUUCAAGUAUUCUGUCGCUUGAUCAGGUCUGUUACCGGAUUUUGAUACAGUUGUGUGGCGAAUUCGGGCAUCCUGUUCUGGCAGUGAAAGUUCUCCAAGCAAUGCAGAGAAGCGGUAUGGAGCAGAAUGCAGUAACAUAUGGCAUUUACCAUCAGGCGGUUUUGAAAGGUGGUUGGCCGGCUGGAGAUCGUUUGGAAGCCGUUAAAGCGUGGAAUCGAAUUGCAGUUUUAUUGCGAGUUGUUUCGCAGUUCAAGAGGAAUCUGGUGCUGGCAAUGUCGGCUGCCGGUAGUUUGGGAAGUCACAGUGAAAUUACGUCGUGUAGCAGUGAAGCGACAAAAGAGAACGAACAAGUCGCCGAUGAAAUAUCAGCAGUGACGUCCGCAAUGGAUGAAGGGGAGCUAACUUCAGAUGAACGUAUGCUGUCUGAGCUGAAGGCAUCAUCUUCACACGAAAAUGGUUCCACUGAUCCACUUAUGGACCCUUUGGGUGCUGUGAAUAUGGCACAAAAUCCACUGAAAGCAUCAAAACGGGCUGGCGAAACAAUGAGCCCGAGCCGCGCGCGUUUCAUUAAAGAGCACAGUGUUUCGCCGUUUGCCAACGAGACACAGGCCUUGUGCUACGCAGGAUUUCUUAUUCCCAUCCAGCUUAUUGGAAAAGAGAUGCUCCGUGUUGGCCCAGUUUCAUCAUGUCACUGCUCGCUAAUACUGGAAACAAUUCUGUCUCGUUUAGUGGAAGAGAAUUUGGAUGAUUACUUUAUCAUUAUCUUCAGGAAUUUUGAAGCGCCUUUCGACAAAAACGAUUCAUCGCUCACGUUAUCUCCAAGUUUAUCGUCACUGGUCAAUCAAGUGAAAAAGGGGUACGAUGAUGUGCUACAAGCUGGAAGUUUCUCGUCUCGCCUUCGUGAGGGAGUGAACACUUUGCUAUUGCAUCUGAAUGAUCCACUGUUUCAACUGGAUACCGGUUCUCAUUGUUCGUUGCUUCCAUCAGACUGGUGGCUAGCCGAUCAGAUCUUUGCUCCCGCUUCAAGUCCGCGCGAUUCUGUUGAUGUUGCCAUUUCCUCCGCUUCUCUUUGUCCCGAGUGCAAUUUGAUCGUGUACGAUGAGGAUCUUAUGUCCGGGUGGGCGGUGGAUGAAUCAAAUCUGAAAACAAACUGUGUUUACUGCGACUGCGCAUUUGUUCCUUCACUAACUAUUAAAAUUCGUCAGCGAGAGGUGCCUGUUGAAAACAGCUGGUAUUUGCCGUCGUCUUUUGCUGUGGAGACUUCAACACAGGAGGGCUCUACUCACUGUAAUGGGGAUAACGAAUCUACAGGCGCCAGUCAGCUUUCAGUUCAGUUCUUAAGUCCGCUUGUUCUGCGUCGCGAACUGGAGAAUUUGCUGAGCGAAAAUUGUCUUCUUCCUGCAAAUCCAUCACUGAGGCAUUCCAAUCCGAUUGUAUUCUGGAACGUUUUGUACUAUUCUCGACGACUAGCGUUGCCUACGCAUUUCCCUAGUUGGAUUGCCUCUACUACUCAUGUUCGAUGUGUUUACGAUGUUCCGGAACUUCAUACCAGAUGUACUCCACUCUAUUUCGUCAACCCUACACAUAAGGAUGACCUUCUACCAACUAGUGAGCGUAGUGUCAACAUUUGGCGACAGGUUAUAACUGCCUUGCAACAGUCCAGCAUUCUUCGCGCCCUCCAAGCUAUUUUAUCAGAAAACCGUAACGGUACUGAUAGUGGCAAGUUCCCACAGCGGUUUCCGUUAUUCAGGUACUUCAAUUUCGUUUGCAUUUAA